ACCCCGGCCCGGCCUGUCACGACCGCCAUGUUAUCCUGGAGCGGUGGUGUUACAUCGCUGGCGCCGCUGCUCUGCUGCCUCCUCGUGCUCGGCGCGGCCGGCGUCGACGAGUCCGGUGAUAACAAAAUUUCAGCAGCAGCAGAAGAGCCGAAGUCCGAGCGAGCCGUGUCGCUGGAGGUUCGCUCGUCGCAGGAUACCGAGGGCAUCGAGGCGGGCAGCACGCCGUCGCUGUUAUGCAACCUGAACGCACCGGGCCAGGUCUGGUGGAGCACGGCCGACGGCAGGAAUCUCACGACCAUCAAGGACCUGUACAGCGGACGGCUCGACAUAAAGAAGGCCAGCAGAAACGACACGGGCGACUACAAGUGCUCCGCGCAGACUGCCGACGGCAAAUUCCUCGAGAAAAACAUUCAUAUCAGAGUGAUUGAACCCGGCAAGACAGUGUCCGGCGGGGACGUGAGAGCGAGAGUGUCAGAAGCGGCCAACUUGACGUGCCACAUACACGGUUAUCCAUUAUCCCAAUUUACUUGGUUAAAAGGGAAUGAUUCAGAGAGCAGCGAACACUUGAAGGAUCUCACUGUCGUCGCGCAGAUAAACGAGACCUAUGCCGUCUUGGUCUUGGAAUUCGAGAGUCUGGCGCGCAAAGACAACGGCACGUACGUGUGUCAGGCGAGCGACUACAACGGGGUGGUGAGCGCCUUGACGCACUUGUUCGUCACCGACGUGCCGAAGGUCAGCAUAGAUUUCAUGAAGGCGGUCGGGGCCGGCAGUAUAUUUCUAAAUUGGACCGUCAACGACGGCAACGAGCCGAUCAAGAAGUACUUCAUCCAGCACAUGAAGGAGGGCACGGAUCAGCGCCAGUACUACGCCGAGCAGAUCGGCGGCGGUAACUCGAGUUACGUCCUCAAGGGAUUCGAGAGCGGCACCGCGUACCAAAUCGGCAUCAGCGCCAUCAACGCGCUGGGCACGUCGCACAUGCAAUUAGAUCCGCGAUGGAUCACCACGCUUGAGAAAGAUCCGGUGUUUGUGCCGAAAGUGUCCGUGAACGGCGUGACGGAGAAUUCGAUCACGAUAGGCUGGACAGUGCCGCCGCCAGAUCUGAAGGAACACGUGCACUAUUACAAUCUGAUGGCCACUCACGCCGAUCAGAAGAGAGAAGCGGUGUAUCCCGCCCAGCCGUUCCCCGUGUACGCGUUCGUGGAUCUCGAUCCGGCGACCACGUACAAAUUCAAGAUAGCCGCCUGCAGCGAGUACACGAAGCAGUGCGGCAAUUGGAGCGCCGAGGUCAACGGCACCACCCUGGACGGAGUGGCCAGUCCGCCCAAGAAUCUCGUCGUCAUUUGUCGCUACGACAAUAUAAGCAGCCACAGCACCAUGUUCGUCACGUGGAGCUCUCCGGAUAAACCGAACGGCAUUAUACAGCGCUACGACAUAAAACUGACCGGCAUGGCGAGGUUUAAGAACGACCUGGGACGUCUGGACAUCCAAAGUUUCGAGCUGCCCAUGUGGAGCGUCAAGAAGAACAGCGCGUUUUACAACGAGAUACGUCCGAAUACGAAUUAUACGGUCCGGGUGCACGGUGUUACGAGGUCCCGCACCUUUGGUAAAAACGUCGUAGGAAACUGUACGACGCCGGUCACGAUUCCGGAGCGCGACAAUCUGAACAUGCGCAACUGGCGGAAGAUCGAGAGCCAGGAUAAGCAGCUGUUCAAGCUCUACCUACCGCGCAUCUCCGAGCGUAACGGCCCGAUCUGCUGCUACCGUGUCUACCUGGUGAAGCUACCGCCGCACAAAUCGGUCGGCGAUCUACCGUCGCCCGAGGAGAUCGCGGUGUACUCUUAUCAUUACGUGCACAGUUCGCCUACCGGCGGUGCUUACGUCGCCGAGGUAUUCGACAGCGAUCAGCUGUUACCGGAGGUCUUCCUCGGCGACGAGAAGUCGUCUAACGGUGGUGCCAUGUGCGACAAGUGCGUCGGCCUGCGGCCCAAGCCGGCGCCGCCGUUGUUACACUUUGUUCCGGAAAUCCCGUCGACUACAGCCGCGAGUAACACGAGCAGUACCGUUACCAGCACAACGGUGACUACGUCAGCGCCAACGACAACUGUGACUAACAGUGGCAGCAGCACGACCACCAGCCCGUCUACCACAUCGACGACGAGUGCUGUCGACACCACGAAAAUCGACACGACCACGGCCGUACCUGUGAUUAUUAAUACCACGGAAAAGGCGGAGAGACGGAAGAGAGAAGACACGCCGCUGCAGAAGGCAUCCGUGGAUGGAUCCGGCGAGCUUAGCUUGCUAUCGCCUUACGAUGGCCCUCUCGACAAAACGUCCAACUACACUGGUUUCAUCGAAGUCAUCGUAUUCGAUAGCGAGAAGGAUCAGUUUCUACCGGCUUACAGCAACUACUUCAGUCCCCUUUACGGCGGGGUCGAUCCUCUCAGCGUAAUGGCCACGGAAGCUACCACUGUCAGAGAAAUGAUAAUACAGCUCUUCAUCGCCCUGAUUUUAACUCUCACAAUUCUGUUUAUCGCGCUCUGCGUGUUAUAUAGAUUUACAAAGCGUGCACAAGAGAGGGAGGAAGUUAUAACGCUGCGCAAUAGUUUCAGGCACCUCUGUAGAAGUCUCAGAGGUAGGCAUCAACUUGUGGCAGCGAGUCCGCCGGACAUGCCGCCCGUACCCAAGGGCGAGUUGUUGCAGGCGUACUUGGAACGCCAUCGGGACUCGGAUUAUGGUUUCCAGCACGAGUUCGAGCUGCUGCCCGACCGAUUCACGGACCGGACGACGCGUGCGUCCGAGGCGCAGGAGAACCUCUACAAAAAUCGUUAUCCGGACAUCAAGUGUUACGAUCAGACGAGGGUGCGUUUGGCGCAGAUGGACGGUAUCUGCGGCUCCGACUACAUCAACGCCAACUUCGUGCUGGGCUACAAGGAGCGCAAGAAGUUCAUCUGCGCCCAGGGCCCGAUGGAGAACACGGUGUGCGACUACUGGCGCAUGAUCUGGGAGCAGCAUCUCGAGCUGAUUCUCAUGCUGACGAAUCUCGAAGAAUAUUCCAAGACCAAGUGCGCCAAGUACUGGCCGGACAAGCGCGAGACCAAGAACUUUGGUGACAUCACGGUAGAGCACGUUAAGGAGCGCGCCUACUCGGACUACGUGGUGCGCGAGCUGAAGAUGACGCGACUGGGCGAGCGCGACGCCCGCACGAUCGUGCAGUACCAUUUCCUCGUGUGGAAGGACUUCGUCGCCCCCGAGCAUCCGCACGCGAUUCUACGCUUCAUCAAGCGCGUCAACGAGGCGUACUCGCUCGAGAAGGGACCGAUCCUGGUGCACUGCAGCGCCGGCGUGGGCCGCACCGGCACGCUCGUGGCGUUGGAUUCCCUGCUGCAGCAGCUGGCCGAGGAGGGCCAGGUGUCUAUCUUCAACACCGUGUGCGACCUGCGGCACCAGCGCAACUUCCUUGUGCAAUCGCUCAAGCAAUACAUCUUCAUCUACCGCGCGCUCAUGGAGAUGGCGCAGUACGGCGACACGGAGAUCCCGGCGCCGCAGCUCAAGACCACGGUCGCCAAACUGAGACAGCGGGACAACGGGAAGGAGAAGUGCAGGAUGGAGGAGGAGUAUGAUAAAAUCAGUUCCGUGCUGGAAGAUCGGAAAUCCUUCUCCGUCGGCGGCGGAGACGAAAAUAGAUCAAAGAAUCGUAGCGAAAUGGUGAUACCGUAUGACAGGAAUCGCGUGAUACUCACCCCCGUUCCGGGAAAAGAACAUUCAACGUACAUAAAUGCAUCGUUCAUCGAAGGCUAUGAUAAUUCCGAGUCGUUUGUCAUUACGCAAGACCCACUGGAGACCACCGUAACGGAUUUCUGGCGAAUGAUCUCGGAACAAUGCAUCUCUACGAUAGUUAUGUUAUCUGAUUCGAACGAAGGCCCGCGGAAAUGUCCACGCUACUGGCCCGACGACGAGACCGAUUACGAUCACAUAAGGGUGCGCUACAUCCACAGCGAGAGCUGUCCGUACUACACGCGUCGCGAGUUUUGCAUUUUGAACACGAAGACUGACGAGAGCGGGGUCGUGAAGCAGUAUCAGUAUCACGGCUGGCCGACGGUGGAGGGUGAAGUACCUGAGGUGACGCGCGGUCUCAUAGAGGUGGUGGACCAGACGCUGGCGAACGACACCGAGACGAGCGGCUCGCUGGUCGUGCACUGCAGCUACGGGUCAGACCGGAGUUCCAUGUUCGUCGCAUUUAGCAUACUGGUCCAGCAGCUGCGCACUGAGAAGCGCGUGGAUAUUUUCACGACGACGAAGAAGCUGCGCUCUCAGCGGCAUGGCAUGAUCAGCACCUUCGCGCAAUAUGAGUUUCUUCAUCGUGCCAUCGUGAACUAUUCGGAUCUUCACAAUUUGGCCGAUGAGGAAACGGCGUCAUAAUGCUUGAAAACUAGCAAGAGCGAGACUAGAUUGUUCUAAAUAUCGUUCGGGCGGACAUGUGCGUGAGGAAGUUCCGUGGCGGGUGUCCGACGGAAUCCACGAACGUUCGAACAAGCGUACAUUGCCCCAACCAAAGAUGAAUAAACAUCGAUAAAGAAUCAUUGAUGUCAUCCUCAUCACCAUCGUCAUCAUCGUCAUGACAAGCGGAUCGCGGUGCACAACGCGGAUCUAGAGACUACUUGUACAUAAUAUAUCCGCCAAUUUUACAUGUGCUGACUAUAAGUUAAGUGUGGAGGAAGAGCAUUGACUGGAGAUUUAAACUGGAAAUCGACUCGUCGUGAUGUUCACGCGGAUUUCCGACGUCGUUGGCGAGAGCCGCAAAGUGCAGUGCGUGACUUCGUCAUGAAACCGUUUACAGAAGCUUAUUUUUUAUCGGUAAUCUAACGAUUCAGCCAGAGCUAGUAAUGUAUCAGUGCGACAAAGUUUUUGAUAUCGAAAUUUGACGUCGAGCAGACAGGGACGCUCCCGUCGGAAUCCUCCAAUGUGGCUGUACAGCGAAGGACUGUUACGGGAACGAACGGAUGUAACUUGUAUAGGUAUGACAAUUCAUUCUUGUGACAAGUAGAUACGCAACUCCGAACCGCUUCACUCUUGCGAAUCGCAACUAAAGCCAAUUGACAAGAGAGCUCAUCACGAUUAAUCGCACAAUUCGCGAAGCCAAUCGCGAAAACUUCCCCGAGGUUCCCAUUAAUAUUAUCCUGGCGUUUGCCACAGGACGUUCCGUUUCGAAGCGAGCGAAAUGAGGAUGAGCCGAGACGCAGUUAUCUUCGUUUUACAGAAAGACCUUCGGUAGAAAGCGUCUUCUUCGCAACGACGCGAGACAUCGCCGUUUUACGAUCUGUCGCGCUGGAAAUUAUUAGCGCAGAUUGCGCGCGCGUUGCGUACAUUUGUACGUUUCUUCAACAAUGUAUGCGUUUUUAUUACGAUGUAUUACGCAUAUCACGCUGCUUUCUCUUCUAAAAAGGAAAAAAAAGACUGAUAGUCUUAUUCAGUUCGACUAUACGCGAUUAAAGCACGUACCUCGUUUGCACGACAUUUAGAUUUCGCUGUGAAUCGUAAUAUCGCGGCUACGGAUAGGCGGCCGUUCUCUAUGUUUGCUUUUCAUAUUUGGGAAAAAGUUUAUAACACGUAUACGAUACAUGGCAUAUAUGCACGAUGUGCUUUUUUCCACCAUGCGACACGAAAAUUAUGUUCGUGACUUAAAUCGAAUACUGAACGGGCUGGGCAAACUAUGCCAUUUCAAAAUAUCGAUAUGGAACAUAUUCGAUAUUUCGGAGACGGUGGCAGGAGAGACGAUUCGACACGGGAAUGUGAUUCAGAAUACAAGAUACAGAGCGUGACUUGAUGUGCGUUCGCUAAUUAGCGCGCGUUCGAAAUACCGCCCGGCCCUGCGAGAAAAGACGACGGCGGAAAAAUUGGUGGGAUCGAUCUGGAUAAACGAAAACUGAAAGAGCUAAAUUUGUAGAUUAAGCCGCAAGCGAGAGGAGGGGGGGGGAAGGGGGAAGAGUAGAAUUAUAUGUUUGUAUUCCUCCGCACGUUCGUUUAGUUCUAGUCAAGUUUAAGCUUCAGCACGUGCGCUGCCAAGCCAUAACGCCGACCUUUCGCAGGAGGCAGAAGACAAUCAGGUUAAUUACGAUUCGCAUCGCGAAUGUAUCCCGAUCAUUUCCUUUUUUUCUUUCCUUCUGCGCAGCCUCAUUCCAUUUCAAUCGGAGACCCUCCGGUGAGAGACAUGAAGUAACGCGUUUCCGAUUUCUAACAUCACGAAUGUUUUAAUUGUAUUAAAUUACGUGAUUCUCGGCCAAAUUUUACAAGGAUAUAGAAACGCGGGAUUGUCGACAAAUACAAAAGCUGAAGCGUUGAAAAUCCAAGUUAUUUUUGUACUUGUUUAAUACCGUCAUCUCUUUAGUAAGGUAAUUGUACUCUUCUCAAAACCAGUAAAAAGAGAACUUCACGUUAUUGCGUGAAUCACAUCGGAGGACUCAUUUUAAUGUUAAACACGCUGGAUGGAUGUGUUCCGCCUUAUUACGCGACAAAUAGACACAUUAGUUUUUAGUCGUUAUCUCGCAUGAAUAACUCGCUUCGGUUAUGUUGUAGUUGAUAGAGAGUCUCUAAAAAGAUAGGGGGAUACUCGCCGCCUGUAUUUAUAAAUAUAUAUAGUAUAUAUAUAUAUACAUUGUUACACUAUCGCCUAUCGCUGUUAAUAUUUGUAUCGAUGAAUGGUGUGACAAUACUUGUUUCGUGCUCCCUCUCAAUAAUACCUGUUGUUAUACGUGCGUUCUCCGCAGGGUCACGCGACGUUUCGUUCCAUUCUUAAUUAUUAUCACCCGUUAUAAUAUUAUUCUGUAGCUUUCCUUCACUCACAAGCAGCAGCGACGCAAAUGACUGCAAAAUGAGGAGAGUCGUGUGAAUAAAACUGACGCAAAUGCACGUGUUUCCGUAGAAUUUGAUACAAUCGCUGUUUUUUUUUAUCGGGAAAAACACUGUAUUUUAUUACAAUUUUAAUACGAGUAACAUUAA